AAUAAACCCGCAAAUCUCAGAUUCCAUCAGAAACCGGUGACGUGCCUGAAUCCUGAAUUCUGAUUGGUUUUCACUCUGAGUUCUGGUUGGUCAGAGCCAAUAAGAAUCUCUCCGUUUGAAAGCGGAAAAACAUUAUAUACUUUCUCUUCAACAGAGUCUGUAACUCUGUUUAUGAGAAUGUGUAUAGUAAAAAGAAACUUUACUGAGUGACAUUGGAGUUAAAAAAUUAAAAUAAGUUAAUCGGAGUUACAGUGGUGUUAAAGUUAUAAAUCCACUCAGUAAAUAAUAGAUUUAGUGUUUUAGUGCUCAGACAGUGAGAGAUGUCGCUCUGCAGCACAGUGAUGAAGACUCUGAUCUUCUUCACAUUUUCUCUUCAUCUUUCAUCAGCAGUCACACAUUCCAUGCAGUAUUUCAUCACUGCAGUUACACCUGGAACAAAUUUCCCAGAAUUCACCAUUGUUGGUCUGGUGAAUGGAGGACAGUUUGUGUAUUAUGACAGUAACAUCAUGAAAAUGAUCCCAAAGACAGAGUGGAUAGAUGUAAUGGGAGAAGAUUACUGGAACAGAGAGGCACAGAAACAGCAGCAGUCUCAGGAGACCUUCAAAGCCGAUGUGUCUACUGUAAUGCAGCGCUUUAAUCAGACUACAGGAGUUCACACAGUGCAAGUGAUAUACGGCUGUGAGCUUGAUGAUGAUGGGACUGUUAGAGGAUACAGACAGGAUGGUUAUGAUGGAGAAGAUUUCAUCAGUUUUGAUCUGAAAACUCUCACAUGGACUGCAGCUAAACCACAAGCUGUGAUCACCAAGAACAAGUGGGAUAAUGAUUCUGGUUAUAAUGUGGCCCGGAAGAACUACCUGGAGAAUGAGUGUAUCGAGUGGUUAAAGCAGUACAUGUCUUAUGGCAGAGAGACUCUGGAGAGGAAAGUUCCUCCUACAGUGUCACUGUUCCAGAAACACUCUCCUUCUCCAGAGGUGGUGUGUCAUGCUACAGGUUUCUUCCCCAAAGCAGUGAUGAUCUCCUGGAGGAAGGACGGAGAGGACAUGCAUGAGGACGUAGAUCUCAGAGAGACUUCACCCAACCAGGAUGGAAGCUUCCAGAAGAGAAGCAUUCUGAAAGUCCCAGCUGAGGAGCUGCAGAAACACAAAUACUCCUGUGUGAUUCAGCACAGCAGCUUGGAGAAGGAGUUAGUGCUGAAUGUGAGCGAGCGACAGAUCCUGAAAGGUGGAGGAUCAAUGGUUAUCAUCAUUGGUGUAGUCGUGGCUCUCAUUGUUCUUGUUGCCGUUGUUGCUGGAAUUAUGGUCUGGAAGAAGAAGAACUCUGGCUUCAAACGUGCUCCAGCCUCUGAAGAGUCUUCCUCCACCAACUCUUAAAGCGUGACUGUGUGUCUUCCUGCUGAAGUGAGAAAAAGACACCAGGAGAUGGAGAUGAUAACCGCACACACACACACACACACACACACACACACACACACACACACACACACACACGAACACCUGAACACACACACAUGCAGACACUCUUUAAUAAAAAUGUCUGUCUGUGUCUGUCUGUCUGUCUGUCUUACAUCUUUCAUAAUGUAAAACUAUACAGUGGUCCAUGUUUUGUUUCAUUCAGUGGAAUGUAGUAGCAUCAAGAAAACUGCACAUUGCCAAAAAUGACAGAAGAAGAUCUACUCCCAGUUUCAGACCACGAAAAUUCAGCUGUUUGUCUGUUUUGACGUUGUUGAACUUUCAGUAUUUACAGCUUAAUUAAUUGAGGAAAGAAAAUCUGGUCUAAUUUAUUUAUUUAUUUUUUUAAAGUCUAAUUAAAGAGUGUGUGACAUAUUUUAUCACAUAACUAAAAAACAAUGUAUUAUUUCCUGUUUUGUUUAUGGAUUUUAAAAUUAAAAUAACAUUACUUUCCACUUAUUUUUUUAUUCUGCUUAUAAAAAGAAACUUAAAAUUGUAUUUUUAAUUUUUUAAAUUAAUUUUUUUUUUUUUUUAACUGGCCAUUUUGUUUAUAAAACAGGUAAAACUUUUAUCCAUUCUGAAAUUAUCCUUGUUUUUACAUUUAUAUUUUCAUAUAUGGUAUUUGUUAGAUGCCCUGAAAUGUGUUUUACACUAUAUAUCAUUGUGUUAUGUUUGUGAUGUACACUGUGUAAACUCCAGAGUCGAUUCCAGAUCAGCUCUUACUAAAAUAC